CCGCUGCGCGUUUCAUCGUGUGCGGGCGUAUCAUUCUUUCCGCUGCGCUCUGCUGUGCUAUUCAAAAAUCGCUCUCUUGCAGAGGCUCUCUGUCGUUCCUGUCGGAGCUUGUGAUCUUAGCUCAGUUUUGUCUAAUUUUCUUUUCCUUUAGUAGUAUCGUGACCCCGUUGAAUCUCCGCCACCAUGCCGAAGCAGAUAAAUGUUCGCGUCACGACCAUGGACGCCGAGCUGGAGUUCGCUAUCCAGCCGGCGACCACGGGAAAGCAGCUCUUCGAUCAGGUCGUCAAAACCAUUGGUCUUCGGGAGAUCUGGUUCUUUGGACUGCAGUACGUCGACUCCAAGGGCCUGCACACUUGGCUCAAACUCAACAAGAAGGUGGCCGUGCAGGACAUCAAGAAGGAGACGCCAAUGCAGUUCAAGUUCCGCGCAAAAUUCUUCCCCGAGGACGUCGGAGAGGAGCUCAUCCAGGAGGUGACUCAGCGUCUGUUCUUCAUGCAAGUGAAGGAGGGAAUCCUUAAUGACGAGGUAUAUUGUCCUCCAGAGACAGCCGUGUUGCUGGCAUCCUAUGCGGUGCAUGUGAAAUACGGAGACCAUGAUACGGUGAAACACCCAUCAGGUUUCCUGGCCAAUGACCGCCUGCUCCCACAGCGUGUAAUGGACCAGCACAAGAUGACACGGGAGCAGUGGGAGGAGAGAAUAGUCAACUGGUACGCUGAGCAUAAAGGCAUGAUGAGAGACGAAGCAAUGCUGGAGUAUCUAAAGAUCGCCCAGGACCUUGAAAUGUACGGCGUCAACUACUUUGACAUCAAGAACAAGAAAGGCACGGACUUGUGGCUCGGCGUGGAUGCUCUAGGCCUGAACGUAUACGAGCAAGAUGACAAAUUGACACCUAAAAUCGGCUUUCCGUGGAGUGAAAUCCGGAACAUUUCGUUCAACGAUAGGAAAUUCGUCAUCAAGCCAAUCGACAAGAAGGCACCGGACUUCAUCUUCUACGUACCCCGGCUAAGAAUCAACAAGCGUAUCCUGGCACUGUGCAUGGGUAACCACGAGCUGUACAUGCGCAGACGCAAGCCGGACACCAUCGAGGUGCAGCAGAUGAAGGCGCAGGCGCGGGAGGAGAAGUCACAGAAGGUCCAGGAGAGGCAGAGGCUUCAGCUGGAAAAGCAGGCACGUGAAGAUGCUGAAAGGCAGCAGAAGGAUCUCCUGGAACGCCUGAAGAGAUUCGAGGAGGAGGCACUGCAGGCCCAGGAUGCUCUGAAGAAGUCCGAGGAGCAAGCCCAGGCGAUUGAAGAGAAGGCGCGCCGAGCGGAGGAGGAGGCCAAGGAGUUUGCGCAGUUGAAGAACGAGGCCGAGGAAGAGCGCCAGCGCGUAGAAGCCCAGAUGAAGGAGGAGCAGAGAACCAAGGAACAGAUGGCGGAAGAAGCAGCGAGACGAGAAGUGAUGGCUCAGAAGGCUGAGGAGGAGGCCCGCUUGAAGGCCGUUGAGGCUGCUCGGCUACAGGAAGAGCUGGAGGCAGCCAAGAAGCAGCAGGAGGAGAACCGCAUCGCCCUUCUGCAGGUGACAAGCACACCGGCGGCUGUCAUGGUCAAGCAAGGACACGACGAUCACGACGAGCAGGAGGACGAGAGGAAGGAAGGCCAGGGUGAGCUGAGCCUGGCGGCCGAUGUCGACAUGGCUGCCCUGCAGAAGGCCGACGAUGACCGGUUGAGCCUCGCCGAGAAGAACAAGAGAAUGCAGCAGCAGCUUCGUGAACUGGGAAGCCAACUGGCAUCCACCAAGGAUGCUACCAAGCUGACCAAGGAAGACAAGCUCCACCAGGAGAACCAGAAGGCUGGCCGUGACAAGUACAAGACCCUCCGUCAGAUUCGCCAGGGCAACACCAAGACCCGCAUUGAAGAGUUCGAGAACAUGUAAAGAAAACACAACAAAAACAUAUAUUCAACCACAUCUAGACCAACUACCGCUGUGAUUUUCAUUCUCCCUAGCACUGCGGCGUUCUUGCAUCCUCAGUUACUACUUGUCUUUAGGAGCUCUCUUUUUUUCAUUACGACCCCCCCCCCCCCCCCACACACACCCACCCUUUGCACCAUAUGCCCAGCACUGUAUCUCGGGUGCCAGAGCCUCCCCGGGCUGUUCACGACGGCCUGCUUUCAGCUUCAGAUGUUCCUUUCUUUCCUAUCUACCUGCUGCGCUUGUUUUGCUACCGUUCUGCCUCUGCUCCCCUCUUGAAAGGUCUUGUUGGCCUAGGCAAUGCAUGUAGGAAAUUUGCUUCCUGUGAAGUGAAUAAUGUAUAACAACUAUUCUUUCAUUUUUUUUGUUCUAUUUUUACACGUAAAUGCGCAUGGCCCAAGGAAAUUGCUUAUGAUUGUUUAUGCUAUUGACUCAUGUGACUUUUCCACUGCGCUCCUAGUCAGCAUAUCUGUUUCCCUUUGUCUAUACGAGAUUCCUAUCAUUUACGUUUUCGAGGCUGCUGCAUCCAUUUUUAUGGGCUUUCUCUGUAUUUUUUUAAUGACUAGUACUUGUUUUGUA